AUGGAGUAUCUCACUAGACUUCUAAAGCAAGCUUCUCAUCACAGAGAGUUUAGAUUUCAUCCCAUGUGUAAGCAUUUGCAGCUUGUUAAUUUGUGUUUUGCGGAUGAUUUGAUUCUGUUUUGUAAGGGUAAUUCUAGAUCUGUUCAGAUUUUAUUUGAAGGAUUUUUGAAAUUUUGCCAUUGUUCUGGUUUAGCAGCUAAUUUGAGUAAAUCUCAAAUAUUCUUUGGGGGCGUGGCAGCUGAGGUCAAGAAUGAUAUUCUUAGGUCUAUUGCUCUUGGAGAGGGGAGUUUUCCUAUGAAGUAUCUGGGGGUUUCUCUGAGGCCCACGAGAUGGUUGGUUGCUGAUUGUGGUGAGAUAAUCAAGAAAAUUCAGACUAGGCUCCAUGUUUGGGUGAGUAGACAUUUAUCUUUUGCGGGGAGAACUCAGCUGAUUUUUUCUGUUUUGCUAGGCAUUCGCAAUUAUUGGAUGAAUAUUUUUAUGCUUCCCUAUAGUGUCAUUCAAGAAAUUGACAGGUUGUGUCGUAACUUCCUUUGGGGAGCCAAAAACAAUCAGAGCAAGUUCCAUUGUUCCUCUUGGUCUCAGGUUUGCCUUCCUAAAGUUUUGGGUGGUCUGGGUUUUAAGGAGGGAUCUAAUUGGAAUAAAGUUCUUUUGGCUAAAUAUCUAUGGGCUUUGUCUUCUAAGCAAGAUGUUUUAUGGGUGAAAUGGAUUGACGAGGUCUAUCUAAAAGGUAAGUCUUUAUGGUCUUAUCAGUUGAAACCAGAUGUUAGUUGGUAUUGGCGUAAGUUGUGCUACUUGAGAGGGACCUUUUCUGAAAUAGAUUUGGAGGUUUCGGCUGUACAUGGUAAACUGAACUUGAAGUUUCUGUUUAGUAGAAUGCUUCAGAGGGAUCCGGUUGGGUUUGCUAAGGCAGUGUGGUGUAGUCUAUCAGUGCCCAGGCAUCGUUUUAUACUUUGGCAAUUAGUUCUUGGCCAUUUACUGACUAGAGAUAAUCUGGUUCGGUGCCAAAUUGAUGUUAGCUCUAAGUUCUGUCCAGUUUGUGAGAGUGUUGAGGAAUCUCAUAAACACUUAUUUUUUUACUGUGUUUUUUUCUCAACAGGUUUGGGAGCUGCUUAA